UAUAGGAGUAGUACUGUUUUACAUCUGAGUUUUCUACUACUAUUCAUCACAGUCACAGCACUUUAGAAAUGGCUUUUCCAAAUGAAAUAGCUGCAUAUGCUCACGUUAAGGAAUUAGGUGCUGGUGGUGGUGGAGUGGUUCACAGUUGUGUGGCCAAUCAUGAUGGACAAUCCUAUGCUAUCAAGAUUGUUCCCUUAUGCAAUCUCUGUGAAAAGCAUAUAUUCCCUGAGACUAGGUCGCUCUUCCAAGACCAUCCUAACAUCUUAAGAUGUUAUAAGGCUUGGGUAGAGUGUUUUGCACCAGAUUUUGCUUGCACCACAAAGUUGGCACAAAUCCAUGCUGAUUAUGGAUUUGAGUGUGGAAAUCCUACACACUAUCUCUACCUACUCAUGGAGGAGUGUGAAGGGAAUUUGUCUACCCUUCGAUCCUUGAAGACACUUGAUGUUGAAACCGUCUUCGUUGAUUGCUUGAAAGGAUUGGAGUACAUUCACUCCAAAGGUCUCAUACACGGGGACAUAUCAUUCAACAACAUUUUCCUCGACUUGAGUGGAACAGCCAAGCUUGGAGAUUUCGGAUGUGUCUCUGAUGAAGGUAUCCCUCGUCCACUCGGGGGUGUACCUCUUUAUCACGCACCGGAAUUGAAAGAGAAGGCUGCUGAAUGGGAUUAUGAAGACACUCCGAUUGAUGAGCAGCUUUGUCUCAUGACCAAGGCAAGUGAUAUAUAUGCACUUGCCUUGGUUGUAACUGAGCUCGUUUAUCCUCCCAUGGCUACACUUAUCGAGAAGGAGCUAUUCUUGACGGACAUCAAGGCUAGUAGAGUGUUUCCCACCCAAGGCACAGUUUCUACUGCUUGUAUAGCUCAACUGGUAGAGAUGCUGAACAAAGAUCCUAAAUGCCGGCCCGAUGCUAAAUCUAUUAGGAUGGAGAUAGGACAAUCUGGUUGACAGAGAAAGAAGAGACCUACUGACCUACUGAUUUUGGAAGAGUGCUACUGAUUUUUGGAACUUACUAUAUUGUAAAUCUUUUAUUAGACCAGGAGAAACCACCAUGAGGGGCAACAAAAAACUAUGGAACUUGCUCUUGAUUUGUCUUUUGUCUGUCAGCUUCAAGAAUACUCUGAACCAGCUUAUUAGCAGUAUAAACUUAGUAGGUGUUUUAUGACUUUAUCAAAAACUUAGCUGGCGUUUUAUGACUAUCUAUAUGCAUCAUUUUAUCAAAUCUGUUGUUUUGUUAA